GCCCUAGAAAAUUUUGUCUCGCUUCAAACCUCCCCUAAAAAAAGGCGUCCCCCGCCGCUGCGCCGCUCUCUCCCUUCUUCCCCGCAGCAAAAGUAGUUCUUCGCGGAGAAGCGGGAGAAUCCCCGGCCGGUGAUCCCAAUCUGGAGCGGGAGGGCAGCGCUGGUUAUAUAGCACUGUUGUGUUGGAUCUGUCAGGUCUGACAGAUAAUUUUUUUUUCUUCCACUCUGGCUGUUACACAAAAGCUGCUGGUGUGCACCUCUAGGCUGGCUGUUCAAUUUUCUUCUGGAGGAAACCCAUAUUGCAUUUGCUGGUCAUACUGUCUGCUGGGGUUUUCCUUUGAUUAUGGUUAACUCUGGUAGAUCAGAACGAAACAUACAGAUACACUAACCAGUAUCUUGCAAUUGCUCACUGAAGUUGAAAAUGGUUCGGUUCUCUUGCUUCUCUUAUUCGUCCCGCCAUCACCGAUCAAAGAAGUUGGUUGCUUCUUCAGUUGAAGACAGAUGGGCAUAUCCAAAUUUAACUCAGAAGGUAGAUGGAAAAAAUUGUAGUAAUUCUAACGUUGAGCAGCUCAGAAGCCCUCCUUUCGAGGAUUGCUGCAGAUCAGAAGAUUUCAGUUUUUGCACUGAGAAUGAGUCAGGGAAGAUUAAGAAAAGUCAAUCUCUUGGAGACAUGCUUGAAAUGGAGAAGCUUUAUGAUUUUGAUAAGACCAACAAUAAAGGGGAAGAUUGUGCAAUUGAUGGUUCCCAUGACGAGAAAACCUGUACGGGAGAAUGCACCCGCAAAAAGAAGGAAAACCGUACCAGUUGUUGUGGUGAUUUUACUGACCCACAUCAACAUGAGUGUCAGUCCUCCCUUGGCAAUUCUGAACAUCUCAUCGAAAAGCAAUGUGAUUGUGAGGAUAUUGUGUCAACUUAUUGUCUUGUCAACUCUGAAGAGCAGUCAUUUUUGCCUGAGCCUCAGCCUUUGUUGAGCAGAUCACAGUCUGUGAACCUUGAUGUGCACAUUCCCACCGUCAUUGAAGAUAGUAUUGAUUCUGCACAACUUGGGUUACGUUCUAGAUCAUUUGGGAACUUAAGUUCACUGGAUGGAGCACCCUACACUGAAGAAGCUAGAGUUUCACCAAGUCACUGCAAAGAUGCCUCAGAAGACUUUGUUCAAUCCAAUGCACAAUCCCAGUGUCAUUGUAGAGAUGAACAUAUCAACAAUAGUUCAACUGAUGAAAUUUCACAGUGUUGUGUGGAAUCAGGAAAUGACUGCCAUCAUUCAGAUUUUACAUCAACUGCAGCAGUGACACCGGUUAGAAACAGUAACUCGUUUGAUGAUCCUCCUAGUCUAUCACAUGAUGCAGGCAAUACUGAAGAGAUAUUUCAACAAAUUGAUAAAAGAGAAGUUGCCACAUCAGUGAAGAAUUGUGAACCUGAACCUUGUUACCAGAAUUGUUGCACGUCGUCGCGAAAAGAAUUCAAUGUUAGGAGAAUUGAGAACUGGAUCAGCCAAAUUCCUGAUUCAAAUGACAUAGCUCCAUAUGAACAGGGGGAAUGUUCAAGUUCUGCGCAUUUAAUGAAUUCCAAACAAGUCGAUACUAUCAGAAAGCUCAAUGCUAAAUCUCCUCUUGGCAUGGAAACUGCUUACAACUACAUCGCAAUGCUGAAACCAUCAUCUUCCAUAGCACAAUUGUCUAAUCUUGGCUUGGUUGCAAUACCAAUUCUCAGUGCAUUCAGUGAUUUGCGGCUGCUGAACUUGGCAGGGAACUCAAUAAUAAGGAUAACUUCAGGAGCACUUCCGAAAGGACUCCGCAUGUUAAAUCUGUCAAGAAAUAACAUAUCAACCAUUGAAGGCCUAAAAGAGUUGACACUACUUCGUGUCCUGGACUUGAGUUACAACAGAAUAACUAAAAUUGGCCAUGGCUUGGCCUCCUGUCCUUUCCUGAAGGAGCUGUACAUCGGCGGCAACAAGAUCAGCGAGGUGGAAGGCCUGCACCGCCUCAAGCUGAAGGUGCUCGACCUGCACGGCAACAGCCUCUCAUCCUCGAAAUGCCUCGACCAGCUCGCCAACUGCGGCACCCUGCAGUCGAUCACCCUGGAGGGCAACCCGGCGCAGAGGAACGUCGGCGACGAGCAGCUCAAGAGGCACGUGCUGCGCCUCCUGCCGCACCUCGUGUACUACAACAAGCAGGCAGUGCGGUCACGCCGGUGCUCCAAGCCCCAGGGCGGCGGCGGCCGCCAUGGCCGGGCCGUCGACCUUGGUGGCGGUGGUGGCGGUGGCGGUGGCCGGAGCAAGAGGCUGGAGCUGAGGCUUCCCCGGAGGUCGGCGUGCGCCUCCGUUGCGCUGAAAUCGUCAGGGUGUCACCACCAUGUCAGGGCAGGAGCAGCAGCUGCAGCUCAUGGCUCGGUGAGGACGUCGAGGCAGAGCCGGAAUAAUGCGCCUCCUAUGGCUCCCACCAUUCGUGGAGCUGAUCGUUCUUCAGAGGGAGAGAGGAGGCUGCCUGGUACAGAGAUCUCCGGUCAGAUUUUUCGGAUUCGAAGCGCGGAUGACCUAUGAAUUUUUCUCAAUUUUGCUGCAUCACCACAAAAUUUUCGUUUCAUUUGUGAGUUCGAGAACUUUUUAUCUUGUUUUGAUUCUUUUUUUUUCAUUCAUGAAAUUGUUAGCAUGAAUGAAAAUAGUAGCCAUAGUUGUGGCAUGAACUAUUUGCUGCAUUUUUUUUUUUUUGGCAGUGAUACGAAAGAAUUGCUAGAUGGUAGUAGUAUAAUGGAAUUUGCAGCAUGAUGAUACGUUCUAUUCAGAAACACAUAAUGUAAUCUAUUUUGAUAUAACCAAAAGCUGUUGCUUGCUGUGCAAAA